AUGUGUGACGCAACAAAGCCAUUCUGCAGGGCAUGUCUCCGCCUUGGGCUCGAAUGCGCGGGAUACGCGAGAUCUCGACUGAGAUUCAAGGACGAAACUGUUCGAUACCUGGGGAAACCGCCAGCUCAAGUAACACGCGUCAGCAACCGCAAUGAGCAGUUGGCAAAGAUGAUUCCUAUAAGGAACACAAUUCCGCUAUCCCCGUCGCAUUCACCACAAGAUCUCGCUGUUUCCUUCUUCCUCACUUAUGUCACCGAUGUCGGUCGCAGCUUGGAAUCGACACGCGGCUUCUUGGAGUUCGUCCGCCCUGCCCUCGCCUCCGAAAAGCCCAGCUCGGCUCUCUUCGCCGCAGUCAACGCUGUCGCACUAAAAGUCUGGACAACUAUGGGACACAACAACGUUUCCGACUCAUUGGCCAUUCAAUCACUUGGUCAGGCUCUUGUGCGGCUGCACCAGGCAACUAAUGAUCCUGAAGAACGGACACACGACGCAACUGUGUUGGCAGCUCUAGUGCUACAGAUGCAUGAUACUUUAUCAGCCGUAUCCGGUCAAGCAAAAGCAAUGGCUACUCAUCGACAUGGUGCAUUUGCUUUGCUGUCACAACGAGAUGAUAACACCCAUGGCUCGAAGUUUCAUGCAUAUCUUGUGGGCAACCUCUUGCACGCUAGAGUCUCCCGGUCCGUUAAAACCAACAAUACGCUAUCCUCGACUGAGCUGAAAUGGCUCAAGACUCACGUCAUGCCUGUUCUGCCCAUGAACCCAAGCUCGCUCCUCGAUGUUAUCGGUGUCGAUAUUGCCGGUCUCCAACAUGAUUUCUGCAGCCCGUCAUUGGCACCACAUACACGCCCACCAAGACUGCGAGAGCUACGAGAGCGAGUUCAAAGGUUAGACGUCCGGCUCCAGAGGUGGAUAAAAAGCAUACCGCCGCUUUGGUAUCCGAGAAGAAUGCAGAGCAGGAACGGCAUUGACCCCUCCAUCGAAACGUACCAUGGAGCGUGCGACAUUUACCCAAGCAUGCAGAUUGUAAAUAUCUGGAACACAUGGCGCAUUUAUCGUCUUAUCCUCGAACAAGCCAAGUCCCGACUCAUAACGCUUCUUGAUUUUUCUUGGAAUGAACUUUCGAGCACACAGAACGACAUAAACCCCGGGGAUGUGACACGCCAGGUCCAAGAACUUGUCGACUCUAUAUGCUUUAGCAUUCCUUUCUACCUCGGUAGCUGCACUCGCUCCGGAAUCUUAGCCAACAUGGAAAACCCCCACAACAAAUUUCCAAGCUAUCAUGAUCUGUCUCCAAGCGAUGAAGCGUUCCUCGAGUACACAAUGAGUGAUCAUUACGUCUCGAGAUUCGAUCACUCCCGCCACGUAAACCUGCACGGUCCGUUGCACAUUGUCAGUAUCCUAUCCCAACUGAUCGGCUUGUUGGUCAGAGAGCGCAAUUCGAACGAAGUUUAUUCGUUACAACAGGACCAGGAACGUUGGAUAGCGGGACAUACUGCUCUCAAAGAGCCACUGACACAGUCUCAGUGCUCCAUGAACGGUAUCAUGACGCCUGUUGGAGCCUGUGACACAACCCAAAUUUCGGGAUGCGGGAGGCAAAAGGCAAAUGAAAUUAUCCACGAGGCUGAGCCGUCAAGACCCGAGCCCACUCCAACCAUAUUUGAUCGUUCUGCCCGCCUUUGA